AUGGUAUACCUAAGAAAGGAAAAGGAAGGCCAUUUGCAAACACUUCUACGCCCUUUCAUUACAUCUAAACCAAAUGUGCAAUAUAGGAAUGAACUUGUUACAGCUACAGAUGGAGGACAGAUUUCCCUGGACUGGUUUGAUAAUGACAAUAGCAUACAGUACCCUGAUUCCAGCACCAGACCUACUGUCCUAUUGCUGCCUGGCCUCACAGGAACAAGCAAGGAAUCAUAUAUUCUUCAUAUGAUUCAACAGAGCAAAACACUGGGAUACAGGUGUGUGGUUUUUAACUAUCGAGGAAUUGCUGGUGAAAAUCUCUUGGUAAGAAUUGCUCUUAAGUAAAGUAAGAACAUUGAGCAAAUGUAAUGUAGUGAGUAUAACUGAAAGAACGUUACCAUUCUUUACGUGUUGAAAAACUUAAUUCCUUGGUGAUUUUUCUAAAUUUAUUUUUAUUUAUCAAAUUUUGAAAUUACCAUCUCCCUCAGGAGGACUCUGGGUAGUAUAUAAAAUGGACAAAAAUGACAAGUAUGAUUAAGAAAUCAAUGUUAAAUGUGGAUUAACAGGUGGGAGGACAAUGUUCAGGGAAUUAAUCAUCUGUGUGUUCCUCUGUGAGCUUUAAGCAAGGCUGCAGUGUUUUGAAAGGCCAGGAGAGUAAAAGCCCCACCUCACCUUUUGUGGGGGCAAUGUUCCAGAGAAUUGUAUUUAUUGUGAAUCUAUGUUUAAGCUUGUUAAAACCUUCUAAGCUAGAGCAGCAGUGUUUGUUAGCUGGAGAUAAUGGCAGAAUUUCAACAGCAGAAAGAAACGUUAAGUCUGCAAAAGAUAUUCUCAGAAUUAUAGAAAUUAUCAAAUACAUAUGAGGAUAGAGAAGAAGUUGGAAGAGUUAGACCAUCUAACAGUAAAAUAUGAUGAAGAAGUUGG